AUGUUGCUACUGUUAUUACUGUUGGUUCUAAUUCCAUUGCUGCUGUUGCUGUUGAUUUGGAAUAAGUGGGUUUGUCGCCUUUGCCUUCUUGGGUUAAGUUCCGAUGAUUUUAUAUCAAAGUUAAGGUUGCUGUUGGACCAUCGGAGUUUCUGGCCGCUGUCGGAGCUACCGCCGGGUCAGCUCGGGAUUGCGGCUGUUCCAUUUCACUCUUACUGUAGGAUUGAGUUGUCGGGAUUGCCUGUUGCAAUUAAAAUCGUUUCUGCUAUUGCGGAAGUGAGCAGACCUGCGAUUGAAGCUGCAGUUUAUUUCGGACGGAGAAGAAUGAUUCUUGUGACGCCUUUAGUUUAUGGGUUUAACUUCCGAGGUAGGGGUUUUCUUAAAAUUCAUUUUAUCUUAUAGAGUUGUUAUAAAUAGAUAUUAAUGUGAGAAACAUAUGUCUGUGAUUAUGAUAGUCUUAUAAAUAUGGUUGUUUGCUGGACUGAAUGACUGAUUGCUUGUCUGCUUCAGUAGUUUGUGAUUGCUGAAAAGAAAUUAGUUUGAAAAGUUAUUUAGUUGAUUGUUAUGAAAAGUGGCUUUCUUGGUUUUGAAGCUGUUUUGAGAAUGUAAACGAAUCGGCUUUGGAAAUGAUUUGAAAUAUGAAAAUGAAUUAAUUUUAGAAACGGUUUAAUUUUGAGUUAGUCUGACUUUAUAAA